ACUCAGUCAAUAAGUGCAAAAAGUGCAUCACCAUGUCCAUCACGCACAGAAAUAAUCCCGACUUUCUCGACAGCAUCGCCGAGUAUCAUUCUUCCCUCGGUCAUGGGGCCUUCGGUGUCGUUAUCCAAGCCAUCGAUAUCGAUAGAACGGUCACUGCCAUAAAAUUCAUGCAUCCAACCUCCACCCAGGAUGAGGAACAGACUCAUCGCGAAUGCAAAAUUACCAUCGGCCUGAGAGAACACCCCAACGUGAUAAAAAUGCUAAAUUUCGUUGUCAAGAAGGAACUGACACCAUCUCAGAUUCAAGGCAUCAUGCAAAUCUCAUCUCCCAUGGUGCGUGUCCUUUAUGAAGAAAAGUUGAAUCAACUUCAACCCCUCGAGUGGACCUGCAUCCAAAUGGAAAUCUGCGGAAAAAACUUGAGAGAUUGGCUUGCCGAACCGGAUACUCGAAUUGACUCCAUAAUCACCCAAAUGACCCAGGUCACGAUCGUUCUCAAUUUAAUAUCCGGUCUGAAAUUCCUCCACGACAACCAAAUAAUUCAUCGCGACCUGAAACCCGCAAAUGUAAUGUUUUCCAGAGGAGCAGGGUACCAGCUUCCCGUCAAAAUCGGAGAUUUCGGAUUAUCCCGAAAACUAAGAGAUGAUGAGCCCAGUUCAUUAACGAGUAAUGUUGGAACUCGAUACUACUCUGCGCCGGAAGUUCGCAGUGGAAAAUAUUCUUAUCAGGCUGAUUUAUUCUCCUUGGGUCUCGUUAUUUGGGAAGUGGUCGCGCUACUCGGGCCGGAUAAAAAGUGUGGAAUUUUCGACCGCGUAGUUUACGAUGGGGAAGAAGAUCUCGUAAAGUCUCACAUCCUUCUGGGCGAUUCUGUGAAGGACGUCAUCAUCCGUUUAACCAAGCGGAAGCCGGAAGAUAGGUUGACCAGUUUGAAGGAGACGGAAAAUAUUACGACAAUCUGGGAAAACAUUACUCUACCGAGACAGGAAAUGGUUGCAAAGACGGAGUCAGAUCUCAAAUUGUGCUUAAAAUUUGCUACUUCCGGGUCAACAAUUAUCUUGGUCGAAGGCGUUUAUGUGAUCGACUUUCACUUCAAAUUAAAUAACAUUAAGAUUGUUGGUGCUGGCAAGACAAAAACCAAACUGAGAUCUAAUGACGUCCGAGUCAUUGGGAAUGACUGUGUUUUUUGUGACAUCACCAUUUCCGAAUUUGGUGAUACAAUCCGUGUAUUAUUAGACGGAUGUAAAAACACGUUAAAAAAUGUGGACGUCAACGCGGGAGGGCUCAUUGUUUUGCAAGGUGAUGAUAACAGAGUGGAAAACGUCACAAUUUCCUGGCCUGGACAAGGCGUGCUAGUUAAAGGAUGUCGCAACGUGAUUGACGGAGUGAAACUUGACAUUGUUGGCCAAUGGGGAAUCCAUAUUGGACCAGGAUCUGAUCACAAUGUCGUGUCAAACGUGUAUGGCGACACGUAUGAGUGUGGAAUCCGCGUCGACGGUUCCCAUAACGUCUUGAGGAGUUGUAACUUGGCCAAGGGUGUUUUACUGGAGGGGUCAGGUACUCUCAACGUGGUGGAGGACGUGUCUUGCAUAAAUUAUGGGAUUGGGGGUGGGUGGGGAAUUGUAAUUAAUGCGACCAAUUGCACAGUGCAGGGUACCAAAUGUGGCUCAGUUUUUGUAAAUGCGAACAACACCGAGCUCAAUAAUGUCGAAUGUGGAGCUCUGAUUAGGAUUAAUAAAGGUGUUGAAGGGGUCAAAGUGUUGAAUUGUGUGGGAAAGAAGUUGGUAAUUUCGUCACAAAUUGUACAAAUUGCGGCAUGUAAAUUUGAAGGGGUGGAUUGUAAAGGAUAACGUAGAAAUAUUUUUUAAAGUGGUCUAUAUUUUUACAAAUUUUUUAGUUGAUUUGUGUUUCUAAAUACUAUUGUUGCACAAUAUUUACCAAGAAAUGGGUUUUGUGUAUAUAUUCAAAAAUACAAUAAGGUGGAUGGUUUUAAACUCUGAUUAGAUUUUUCAUUCAUUAACCCAUGUCAAGAAUCUUUACAAUGUUGAUUUGUGCACAGGUGCACAAAUAGGUCUAUUUGUCUCAUGAAAAAUAAAGGAAUAGAUGAUGUACGUUAA